UACAGGAGUUAAUUAAUAUCAAUCAAUAAUGAAUACACAAUAUAUGUUGUAAAGAAGAACAACCACAGAUCGAAAUUGGCGCCUUGAUCAAAACCUCACAUAUAUAAAUAAGAAUAGAAGAUUUGAAAUCUGUUAAAAUUGCAGAUAUAUCGUCGGCCAUGUCUUUGAGAAGAAGAACUUUACUUAAGGUCAUCGUCCUUGGUGACAGCGGGGUUGGUAAGACGUCAUUGAUGAAUCAAUAUGUACAUAAGAAGUUUAGUCAGCAGUAUAAAGCUACAAUUGGAGCUGAUUUUGUCACCAAAGAAUUGCAAAUAGAUGAUAGGCUUGUCACUUUACAAAUAUGGGAUACUGCCGGGCAGGAGAGGUUUCAAAGUCUAGGUGUUGCGUUUUAUCGUGGAGCAGAUUGUUGUGUUCUAGUGUAUGAUGUAAAUGUGAUGCGAUCUUUUGAUACUCUUGACAAUUGGCACGAGGAAUUUCUCAAGCAGGCAAACCCUCCAGACCCAAGCACUUUUCCUUUCAUACUUCUUGGUAACAAGAUAGAUAUAGAUGGUGGAAAUAGCCGUGUUGUUUCUGAGAAGAAGGCAAGGGAAUGGUGUGCUGCGAAGGGGAAUAUACCUUACUUUGAGACAUCUGCAAAGGAAGACCUUAAUGUAGAUCCUGCAUUUUUGUCUAUUGCCAGAACUGCAAUGGCUAAUGAGCAUGAGCAGGAUAUAUAUAUUUUCAAGGGGUGCCUGAGGCUGUACAAGAAACAGAGCAACGCGGUGGUUGUGCAUGUUAAUAUGCUGAAUAUACAGAAGCAUUUAUCUCACUCUCGUUUGUUGCUUAUUCUACCUACUCGUUGCUGAUGCCACCCUUGGCAAUUUUAUACGCAAGGAUGGCUUUCAAGACUCUCUGUCUUUCUAUGUUAUUACAAGAUAGGAACGUCUUCGGUUUCUUGUUGGAUGGAGAUUAAUUAAGAUCUUAAACCAAGUGUUGAAUUUUUCAUAAUUUGUCCUUGUGGAAGGUUUUGUUGCAUUUUAGCAAUGUUCUAAUGAAUUGUAUAUUGAUGUUAGGUUGGUUUGUUGUAGCUAGACAAUAUUGGCUAUUUGUUUAUGUAUCUAUGAAAGUGCAUAUCCAUUUGUGUUGGUCUAAUAUGAAGUGUUUAAAUGAUUUUUUUGUA